AUGUGUUCUGACGCCGGUACCAAGAGCCAAUCACAACAUCGAUUCGUAGAUAUCGGUGCCAACCUCUUGGAAGAGCGCUUUACCAAGGGCACGUAUCGCGGUAAAUUUCGGCACGAACCAGAUCUAGAGCAAAUACUGGAACGUGCGUCACGAGUGGGAGUCCGCCGAAUUAUUCUCACAGCUGGUACAGUGGAAGAAUCAAGGAGCGCCGUCGUACAAGCACGUGCUUGGCGCGACCUUUAUCCUAGCAUUGACUUCACCUGCACCGUCGGCGUCCAUCCCACACGCUGUCAACAAGUUUUUGAAGACUCUGAAGCAUCGUCGGGCGAUUUGCUUCAAGAAUUGUUGGAAAUCGCCGAGGACGGUAUAAAAGAUGGAACAGUUGUCGCCAUUGGCGAAAUUGGGUUGGAUUACGAUCGACUCGAAUUUUGCCCAAAGGAUGUACAGCACAAGUAUCUCGUUCAACAACUAACCAUAUUGGCUUCCAAAACAGCUCUUCCUCUAUUUCUACACAAUCGUAACGUUGGAAAGGAUCUAUAUGAUGUUCUGCAGACCCAUCGGGACUGCUGGAAGGCGGGUGGUGUGGUUCAUUCUUUCGACGAUACCCUCGAACUCGCAAAUGACUUUAUUGAGGACCUUGGUCUCUAUAUUGGGCUGAACGGUUGCAGUUUGCGAACCGAUGAUAACCUGCAAGUUGCCCAGCACUUGCGUUUAGACCGCAUUCUUUUAGAAACCGAUUGCCCCUACUGUGAAGUACGGAAAGCACACCCUGGAUAUCAAUACAUAAAAACUCAUUUUGAAGGGAAGUCGGAAAAGAAGUUCGAAAGUGGAUUGACCGUUAAAAGCAGACAAGAACCUUGUCAUAUCAUCCAAGUUGCCGAGAUCAUUGCAGGCAUUAGACACGUGCCGCUCUCACAAGUCACCGAAGCCUGUUUCGAAAACACUUUGCGACUCUAUGGAUGGGCCGGAUCAAGCUAG